AUGUCUAUCCCCAACGAAGCUCUCCAGAAGUUGCUGCAAGAGAUUGAAGCUCGAGCGAUCAGCUCGCAGCAGCAGAUCGGCGUCACCAAGACGCAAAUCACGGCAAAGCAGAAGAAUAUCCGCCUGCUCGAAUUGACAUCGAAAGAAAUUGGAUCGCUAUCUAAAGACACAAAGGUCUACGAGGGAGUUGGGAAAAUGUUCGUGGCAGUUCCGAUGGACGCCGUUGAUAAGCGGUUAGCGUCCGAGACAGCUGAGCUGAAAACAGACAUCGAGGGUCUGGAGAAGAAAUUGAAUUAUCUCGAAAUGACGCACAAGAACAGUCGCGAAAAUCUCGAACAGAUUCUGAAGUCCGGUGGACGAGCAUGA